AACAGACGGAUGUUGUGCUAAUUGUGUUUAGAGUUUUGAAAAUGUGACUAGAAACUGGACAAAAGGAUGUUAGCAACUGCAAAAACUGUAAACAGCAUAAAAGCCAGCCACUGCUUCAUUCAUAAAACACCACGUUCAACUUGUGUUCAGUGAACAGGACUGAAUGUCGAACCGUUCCGUUCCAUUCUGACGCGGCAGUAGGGAGCCCCGCUGCUCAAAGCCAACUUGGUCGAGGACAGGACGGAAACUCGUUCAUCGCCAGUUUUAAAUCAAAUCUAUUUUAGUACCUCUGUAUCAGGAUCCUCAUCGAGUUUGUUGAUUUUGAAAAACAUUCGAACUGAAAUUCGUCCUGACCUUUCUCCCCCAGUCGAGUCAGCUGAAGUGGUUCAGUCCGUGAUAGCGGAAGUUCUGACGGCAGACCGUAGAGGGAGUAAGUGAAGUUCCAGACUCUUGGUCGAGUUUGUGUUGAUAUAUGUAAGACGACAGCAGAAACACCGCACACAGACCCAGAGAUGCGGCGAAAGCAGAAGAGGUUGCUGCAGAUCGCGCUGCUGCUCCUGUUGGCCUUCCUGUUCCUUCCGAACGUCGGCUUGUGGUCCGCGUAUCUGGAGCGAAUGUUUGACAGCUCGGCGGACGGAGCCGGACUCGCGCACGUACAGAGAAUGAACAGACACAAAGUGCAGAACGACGGCGUUCGCAAAAAGGACUGGCACGACUACGCACUUAUUAAGAGCGAAGCGGCACGUUCAGGUGUGGGCGAGCAGGGCAGGCCGUACCCGCUGACCGACUCGGACCGCGUGGACCAGGCCUACAGGGAGAACGGAUUCAACAUAUUCGUCAGCAAUCGCAUCGCCCUCAACAGAUCCCUGCCUGACAUCAGACACCCCAACUGUAAGACGAAGCUGUACGCAGAAGAUCUUCCCAACACCAGCAUCAUCAUCCCCUUCCAUAACGAGGGUUGGUCGUCUCUGCUGCGCACGGUUCACAGCAUCCUCAACCGCUCGCCGCCACAGCUCAUCGCCGAGAUCAUCCUCGUGGACGACUUCAGCGACAAAGAGCAUCUGAAGGCUCCUCUGGAGGAGUACAUGGUGCGGCUACCGAAGGUUCGAAUCCUGCGCACUAAGAAGCGUGAGGGUCUGAUCCGGACCAGACUGCUGGGCGCCGCGGCCGCGAAGGGUCAGGUCAUCACGUUCCUGGACUCGCACUGCGAGGCCAAUGUCAACUGGCUGCCUCCGUUACUGGAUCGCAUCGCGGAGAACCGCAAAACGAUUGUGUGCCCGAUGAUCGACGUGAUCGACCACGAUAACUUCGGCUACGAGACGCAGGCCGGCGAUGCGAUGCGAGGGGCUUUCGACUGGGAGAUGUACUACAAACGCAUCCCUAUUCCAGCUCGGCUGCAGAAAUCAGACUCCAGCGACCCGUUCGAGUCUCCUGUGAUGGCGGGCGGUCUCUUCGCCGUGGACAGGAAGUGGUUCUGGGAGCUGGGAGGAUAUGACACGGGUCUGGAGAUCUGGGGAGGAGAGCAGUACGAGAUCUCGUUCAAGGUGUGGAUGUGUGGCGGCCGUAUGGAGGACAUUCCCUGCUCACGAGUGGGUCACAUCUACAGGAAAUACGUGCCCUAUAAAGUGCCGGGUGGAGUGAGUCUCGCCAGGAAUCUGAAGCGUGUGGCCGAGGUGUGGAUGGACGAGUACGCGGAGUAUAUCUACCAGCGCAGGCCGGAGUACCGGCACCUGUCCGCCGGAGACGUGGCCGCGCAGAAGGAGCUGAGGAACAGGCUGAACUGCAGGAACUUCAAAUGGUUCAUGACGGAGGUGGCGUGGGACCUUCCCAAGCACUAUCCGCCCGUGGAGCCUCCGGCCGCCGCGUGGGGAGAGCUGCGUAACGUCGGCUCUGGUCUUUGCAUGGAAAGCAAACACUUCUCCUCGGGCUCCCCGAUCCGUCUGGAGAAAUGUCUGAAGGGACGAGGCGAGCCGACCUGGAGUCACGGUCAGGUCUUUACGUUCGGCUGGAGAGAAGACAUACGUGUCGGAGACCCGCUGCACACUAAGAAGGUCUGCUUCGACGCCGUAUCGAACAACAGCCCCGUGACUCUCUAUGACUGCCACGGGAUGAGGGGCAACCAGCUGUGGGCCUACAGGAAGGAUAAGAGCAUCUAUCACCCCAUCAGCAACAGCUGCGUAGACUCCGAUGCUGCGCAGAAGCGGAUCUUCAUGAACUCCUGCAAUCCCUCGUCUCCCAGUCAGCAGUGGCUGUUCCAGAACACCAACGCCACAAUUUUAGACUCCUUCAAUGGCAAUCACAAUGCAUAACGCUGCCAAUAUGAACACGAGAAUCCACCGGGGCAGCUGACGCCAGCGAGAGCUUCGCGAUGGCGGACGUGACGCCGCUCUCCGAAGCUCACGUGAAGAGAGACGUUCCUGUGCCUUUACUGAAACUCUGUUCUGAACGUCUGACUCCAAACCGCUGGAAAAGCUGAGCUCUGUCCUUCUUACCACACUCCCAUCGUCAUCAUCAUCAUCAUCAUCAUCGUCACUUCUGCUCACUUUCACCCCGCUGCUAAAAGCAAACGCCGGCCGCUGGGUCGGAUGAGCUGCAAAUGAUCAGUGACCGUGUUUGCAGGGCAGCGUUUGACUGAUGUGUCUGUGGAAGAUCUCCAUGACAGCGAUGAUGUCACUCUACCAUUUGCAUACUGCGCUAUGAUUGGACGGUGGUCAAUCGUCUUCCCGUCUCCGAUUCUCGUGUGCGGUUCGCAGACGAGACGCGCACAUCGAGCGUUCCUCCGUUACCCAGAAUCAGAGCCUCAGGCUUCGCCGCCGUCGGCUGCCUUGCAAACACUGUCACGGUUUUUCCUACAGAAAUACGAAUGUGAUGCUGUCCCGUGUAAACGCUGAUAGGUUUAUUUAUUUGACUGCUCUAAUGGGGUCGUACCACAGAAGCAUUGGGUUUAUCAUGAACGACGAA